AUGGCACCUCCAAACUGGACCGAGGGAAUGACCCGAGAAGAAGUGAUGGGAGUACUGUCUAUCUUCUACCCCAUAGAACCGAAAUAUGUUGCAUUAAACCUGAUCAUAGAUGAAUACAGUGGAAAAAGUGAGGAUCCUAUAACACUGCGGAAGACUGUCGCUGAAGUUCUUGGGGAUUUGAUUUUCACCAUUCCUGGAGUGACAACCAUCAACGCGCAUACAGAUGUGGGAGCUCCUGUGUAUGUUUAUGAGUACAACUUUACCCCACAGUCGAUCAGGAAUCUUAGACCAGAUUUUGUUGGGUCAGACCACGGAGACGAUCUCUUUUCUGUUUUUGGUUUCUGCUUCACAACACAGGAUGUCACAAUGCUGGAAUGCUCAAAAGAAGAAGAGGACCUCAGCCUCAGGAUCAUGAAAAUCUGGGCAAACUUUGCACGCACCGGGUCUCCAAACGGGGAUGGCCUGGUGCACUGGCCUCAGUACGGACCAGAAGAGAACUACAUGUUUAUAGACAUGCAGCAGGAAGUCCGUCAGGGGCUGAGGAAGGACCGAUUUGUAUUCCUGACUGAGACUCUUCCAAAAACGCUGCAGGAGCUCGCCAAGAAAAAUCAUGUGGAGUUAUAA